AUGGAGUGUCAAAUUUGUCAUAACUAUCAAUACCAAUUCUGUUGCGCAAACUGUCUUCGUGAAAGGCUGCGCGUUUAUAAUGACGAAUUGAAACAAAUCACACAAGUAAAGCAGCGAAACGUAGAAAAAUCAAAUAAAUUUCUUACAGGAUCACUGAGAAAGUAUCAAAUGUGUUUAGCAGAAAAACAAAAUAAAGAUCAAAAAUUGAAUAAGCUUGGAAUAGAGAUCAGUAAAAAAAAGGAAGAGAUUGUUCGAAAUCGUCAAGAAAUUGAUAUCUUAAGACGAAAUCUUCAAACCAGAAGACAAAUUCUACAAGAAUCUUUCACAUAUUUUAAAAAGUUUAAAUUUGAUCAAAAGCCCCUAAUUAUAAGGGACACAGAAAAUACUAAAGAAAAAUGGCGUCACGUACAUCAAGUUUUAACGCAUUCAAGAAAAGUUUUGAUUGGUGAAUUAUUAUCAUUAUUUGAUUUAAAGGAAGUACCAGAUCCUUCAUCGUCAUCACCUACAAAUAAUGAAGAUGAUUGCGAAUAUAUGAUCGCUGGUAUGACGCUACCAAAAAAAACUGAUUAUUUCAUAUGUCCCGACGAAAAAAUAAAAAUAGAUGAAACAAAUGCAGCCGUUGGACAUGUAAUACAUAUGGUAGGAUUGAUUGCACAUUACCUUGGAGUAAAAUUACCUUUUAUACUAGUCAGCAAAGGUUCAAAGUCGUACGCCAAAGAUUCUAUGCCUGGUAUCUUCAUAGGCAAAAAACCACUUUCUUUGGAUAAACACAAUUCAGAAGUAUUCACCGUUGGUAUGGCGAUGCUUAAUUAUGAUAUCGCAUAUUUAUGUCAUACCCAAGGUGUAGAUAUCCCUUUUCAUAAAGUAACCAAUACUCUUCGGAAUUUAUAUCAUUGUUGUCGAGCACCAAAUCUUGGCCGGUCAGGACAUCUCACUGCAAUGAAUCGGAUUUUUGACCGAUCUUUUGGCUUAGAUUUUGAACAAUUAUUACGUCUAAUGUUCAGAAGAAGUGGAAAUGAUAUAAAAGAUGGUAUUUUAAGAAACAACAUUCCUGGUGCGACUAUACCUGAUUAUUUCGAAGAAGAUUUUGAAGAUGAUAAUGGGAAUGAUUCAGAAAAUUGGGUCAUUUGUGAUAAUCUAGAUAGGUAA